AACACCAUUUUUUAAAACUUGUAUGUGUCUCUUUGAUUACUACAUACAUUUAUAUUUUACACACCGCCCUUCUCAACUUGCCCCGGUCUUCUUUUUUUUCCGUCCUCUGUCUGUGUUGUGCCAACUCCUCCAGCUUUACAAAUAUGAUAAGACCAAAGCUGCAGGAACUCUCCCAGCAAUACAGUAAUGGUUAACCAGAUAAUUCAUUAAGGGGUGGGAAUAGAAAACAGUCAGAAGUUAUUCUGACUUCUCUGCUCUUUGCCCGCCUUCAAUGAGUUUGAAUUCAUUCAUAGUGGGACUAAGAAUGGAGGAGACGUUGCAGCAGGACAAACAAGAGAUGGAAUAUAAAAAUCCAAAUGACGACCAAGGUGGAAUCCACCGGCGAUUGCGGGACAGGGAUCUGCUCAGAAAGAGGAAGGCCGAGGCUGAAGAGAAGGAGACUAACCAGUGGGUUUUAGGGGUGGAGAGGCAGAGGAAAAGAUCGAGGGCUGAUGAGAAGAGCAGCACAAAAAAGAGAGGGAGGCCCAGGAAGAGUGAGCCCACGCUGGAGAUACCUGUCUGUCAGGACGAGGCAGCAUCUGCUCAGGAGGAUCCUGCAGUGGUGGUGCUGCCUGAAUCUGUGGCGGUGGUCUCAGAGCAAACAUCAGGCUCUCUGACCCCCUCACUUACUGCGGGCGGUGACAAACCAGAGUCACAACCAGAGUCUGUCCUGGCCGCCCCUGCCUCCACCCUAGUGCUGGGAUCUGUCCACACCUCUCUCUAUGCUCCACUUCUGACUUCUCCAGCACCAGUUAACCAGAGACCAGCUCUUCUUUCUCUCUCAGUUCCUGCUCCUCUUCCCACCAGUUUUGUAGAUGCAGCUUUGGUCCAUCUGCAAGCUCCAGAUCCAGCUCCAGAUGCUGGACCAGUCCCAGGUCUGUCCCAAGUCCUUGUUCCAGCUCCUGCUCCUCCCCAGGUAGAGACUCUCUACACAGAGUCAAAAGACAGAGAGGCCCUUGACCAGGUCCUGAUUGAAGACUUGGGCCCAGAUGACGAGGAAGACAUCUUCCCAUUGCAAGACAAAAGAGCUGAUGAAGAUUUGACUGAGCCACCGUCGAUCAACUUACCUGAACAAAACAAAAUGUUCUCCAUUCCAACUUUGUCCUCUCAACCUCCACCAGAAUAUCUCCCAGGAAAUUAUUCUAAUUUGUAAAAAUAUACUUUUGUCUCAGUUCAGGACAAGCAAAGCCAGAUUACUUCCCUUCUUGUCAGUGUGUACCUGAGUAUUGUUUUGGUUCGUGUGCAGCCUGCUGAAUGUAUGCAUUGCUUGUUUGAAAAAAAAAGUAUGAAUUUAAACCAAACCUGUAUGCUUAUUUAUUCUUGGUUUGUGCUUCAAUGCGAAGUACAAUAAUUGCAUUUUGUACUUUGCAUUAAGUCAACAGCAAAAUGUAUUUACUUUUAUUUAAAAGUAACUUGUCUGAAUUACUGGUAAUUCUUUGAUAAUUGCAGUUUUAUUUGAUUUAAUUUUGUAAAAGUUUUUUUUUAACAAAUAAAAGACCCUGCUUACAGUAUUCAGUAGUCACCAUUAUCUGUAAAUAAGACAAAUAUGUUAUCAAUGUUCAAUUGUUUAUUCUUCUUCUGCGAUUGUGCCACUUUGCCUCCCUUUUGCAAAUAUUAAAGCUUGUUAACAAAUUUUUUUACAUGCAGAAUUUUUUUCAGCCACUUUUCCUGCAGACCACACAAAGUUUGGGAAUAUUAAGACUGGUGUUGUGGAGAAUUUGAAUGAUGUUCAGGUCAGGGGUUAGUGAGGGAUGAUCCAAAAGCUUCAGCUUGUGUUUGUUAUUGAAGUGGGUCAUGGAGGUUUAGAAAUAGUAGCAGAUUAUAAGGAGGAGGAUUCCACCUUAAGGAUUUGAUAUGAUGAAUGUCAACACACUAACAGUAAAUAAUUAUCUGGUCAGGUCAGUCAGAAAAAAGUAGAUUUUUUUUGCUAAUGUGACAUUGUGUAUGUAUGUAUGUAUUUGUUCAUUAUUCAGGAGUGUGUCAGUGUAAUGUAAUCGCAUAUGAUAAUACUCAUUGUUCUUUUUGCAUUUGUGAUGCGUUAGCACAUGAGCAACAUUUCAAUGUGUAAAGGUGUGAGUACUUUAUACCAUGUUUCAUCGACAGCAGUGCAUUAAUGUCAGAUUAUUUUACAUUCUGUUUAAAUCACGAAUCUGUAAAGUUUAUCAAAGCUUUGCGUUUAUUUCAAAAAACAAAGUUGGAUUGUGAUAUGUUGUGGAGCAAAACCUGAUCAGAACACUCAGGAACAAUAUAACAGAUACAAAAAUGACCACGUCCCUCUCGUGACUAUGUUGUUGCACAUGUUUGUUUGUUCUGUUUUUAUAAAUAAAGUUUUCUUUAAAAAAAGGUAA